GGGAGAAAAACAAAUAAGAAAAGAGAAGAGGCGCGGGUGGUUGAGGUUUUGUGUUGGUGUCACCGGUCCUUUCCGCCCUUCCCAUUUUAUCUUCUUCCAAAUCCACAUUUUCUUUCAUCCUCACAUCUUCUCUAACUUCUCAUCCCUCUCUUCUCUUCUCUUUUCUCUUCUUCUUCUUCUUUUUUUUUGUAGGCCUCAUGGCUGCUUUACAAUCAUCAGUGUCUCCCAUUCCUCAUCUCACCGUCAACAUUAAACUAAAGCCAACCUCACUCCUUUCUACCAAUAGGAACCCUUUCUUUGUUGAUUUCGUUGGAUUGUAUUGUAAAUCCAAGAGAGUCAGACGGAGAAUCGGUGUUUCCUCUAAUCAAACUAUCCUUUCUCCGACCAACUCCUCUGUUGUUAAAGCUGUGCUUGAUCUUCAACGUCAACGUGUCCACCAGUCAUCUCAUCCUCAACAAAAACAACAGCAGGCUGCUAACUUGGAGGAUAUAAUUUCUGAAAGAGGAGCAUGUGGAGUUGGAUUCAUUGCCAAUUUGGAAAAUAAAGCAUCACAUGAAAUUGUUAAGGAUGCUCUUUCAGCUCUUGGCUGCAUGGAACAUCGUGGGGGCUGUGGAGCAGAUAAUGAUUCUGGUGACGGUUCAGGACUGAUGACUUCAAUUCCAUGGGAUCUGUUUAAUAAUUGGGCUGAAGAGGAAGGGAUUGCUUCCUUUGAUAGGUUGCACACUGGUGUUGGAAUGGUUUUUCUCCCGAAAGAUGAUGACCUUUUGAAAAAAGCCAAAGAAGUUAUUAUAAAUACUUUUAGACAAGAGGGUCUUGAGGUGCUUGGAUGGAGAUCUGUUCCUGUAAAUAUGUCUGUGGUUGGUUACUAUGCAAAAGAAACCUUGCCAAACAUAGAGCAGGUAUUUGUUAAAGUCAUUAAAGAAGAGAAUGUUGAAGAUAUUGAGCGGGAACUGUACAUCUGCCGUAAAUUGAUAGAAAGAGCAGCAGCAUUGGAGAGUUGGGGAAAUGAGCUCUAUUUUUGUUCUCUGUCAAAUCAAACAAUUGUUUACAAGGGCAUGCUUCGUUCAGAAGUUCUUGGGUUAUUUUAUACUGACCUUCGGAGUGACGUUUAUAAAACCUCUUUUGCUAUUUAUCACCGAAGGUAUAGCACAAAUACUAGCCCCAGAUGGCCACUUGCUCAACCUAUGCGGUUACUUGGUCAUAAUGGAGAGAUAAAUACCAUACAGGGGAACUUGAACUGGAUGCAAUCUCGGGAGGCCUCAUUGAAGUCUCCUGUUUGGCAUGGUCGUGAAAAUGAAAUUCGUCCUUUUGGAAACCCUAAGGCUUCAGACUCUGCGAAUCUUGAUAGUGCAGCAGAAUUGUUACUAAGAAGUGGCCGAUCUCCUGAGGAGGCUCUAAUGAUUCUUGUCCCAGAGGCAUACAAAAACCACCCAACUUUGAUGAUUAAAUAUCCUGAGGUAGUUGAUUUUUAUGACUAUUACAAGGGUCAGAUGGAAACUUGGGAUGGGCCUGCCUUACUUUUAUUCAGUGAUGGAAAAACUGUUGGUGCUUGUCUCGACAGAAAUGGACUUCGCCCUGCUAGAUAUUGGCGGACGAUUGACAAUGUUGUGUAUGUUGCAUCUGAGGUUGGUGUUGUACCAGUGGAUGAUGCAAAAAUUACCAUGAAAGGCCGUCUAGGUCCUGGAAUGAUGAUAGCUGUUGAUUUACAGAGUGGUCAGGUUUAUGAGAAUACAGAGGUUAAAAAGCGAGUAGCUGCAUUAAAUCCCUAUGGAAAGUGGCUCAGUGAAAACAUGCGAUCCUUGAAGCCUGUAAACUUCCUUUCAAUGACAGUUAUGGACAAUGAAUCAAUCUUAAGACAUCAACAGGCAUUUGGCUAUUCUAGUGAGGAUGUUCAAAUGGUUAUUGAGACUAUGGCUUCACAAGGGAAGGAACCUACGUUUUGCAUGGGAGAUGAUAUUCCAUUGGCAGUUUUGUCUCAGAGGCCACACAUGCUUUACGAUUACUUUAAGCAACGAUUUGCACAGGUUACAAAUCCAGCCAUUGAUCCUCUUAGAGAAGGAUUAGUUAUGUCUCUUGAAGUUAAUAUUGGGAAACGAAGAAACAUAUUGGAGGUUGGACCUGAAAAUGCUUGCCAGGUUAGUUUGUCUAGUCCCGUGCUGAAUGAAGGAGAGCUUGAGUCAUUGUUGAAGGAUCCUUUCUUGAAACCACAAGUCUUACCUACAUUUUUUGAUAUACGCAAAGGAGUUGAAAGUUCCCUGGUCAGGACACUUCACAGACUUUGUGAAGCUGCUGAUGAAGCUGUUCGAAAUGGUUCCCAACUGCUUGUUCUAUCUGACCGUUCUGAUGAGUUGGAACCAACUCAACCUGCAAUCCCUAUACUUCUUGCUGUAGGAGCUGUCCACCAGCAUCUUAUUCAAAAUGGCCUGCGAAUGUCAGCUUCAAUUGUGGCAGACACUGCUCAGUGCUUCAGCACACAUCAGUUUGCCUGUUUGAUCGGAUAUGGGGCAAGUGCUGUAUGUCCAUACUUGGCACUGGAGACUUGCCGACAAUGGCGUUUGAGUACUAAAACCUUGAAUUUGAUGCGGAAUGGAAAGAUGCCUACUGUGACUAUUGAACAGGCUCAAACAAACUUUUGCAAGGCUGUUAAAUCUGGUCUUCUCAAAAUUCUUUCCAAGAUGGGCAUUUCACUGCUUUCCAGUUACUGCGGUGCUCAGAUAUUUGAGGUUUAUGGAUUGGGGAAGGAGGUUGUCGAUCUUGCAUUUACUGGGAGUGUAUCAAAUAUUGGCGGAUUAACUUUCGAUGAGCUGGCAAGGGAAUCGUUGUCUUUCUGGGUGAAGGCUUUUUCGGAGGAUACAGCGAAAAGAUUAGAAAAUUAUGGGUUUAUACAGUUUAGACCUGGAGGUGAGUAUCAUGGAAACAACCCAGAGAUGUCAAAGUUGCUCCACAAAGCUGUUCGCCAAAAGAGUGAAAGUUCUUUCUCAAUUUAUCAGCAGCAUCUGGCUAACCGGCCAGUGAAUGUUCUUCGUGACCUUCUUGAGUUUAAAAGUGAUCGUACUCCAAUUCCCGUUGGGAAAGUUGAACCUGCUUCAGCUAUCGUCGAAAGGUUUUGCACUGGUGGAAUGUCACUUGGUGCAAUUUCUAGAGAAACUCAUGAAGCAAUUGCCAUUGCCAUGAAUAGAUUAGGAGGAAAAUCUAAUUCAGGAGAAGGUGGUGAGGACCCUAUACGCUGGAACCCACUCUCAGAUGUUGUUGAUGGGUAUUCUCCAACAUUGCCACAUCUCAAAGGCCUUCAAAAUGGGGAUACUGCUACAAGUGCUAUUAAGCAGGUUGCUUCUGGUCGAUUUGGUGUAACCCCAACAUUUUUGGUCAAUGCUGAUCAGUUAGAAAUUAAAAUUGCACAAGGUGCAAAGCCCGGUGAAGGUGGUCAAUUGCCUGGGAAGAAAGUGAGUGCAUACAUUGCAAGGUUGAGAAAUUCUAAACCUGGUGUUCCCCUUAUAUCUCCUCCACCGCAUCAUGACAUUUAUUCCAUAGAGGAUCUUGCCCAAUUGAUCUUUGACCUUCAUCAGGUCAAUCCUAAAGCUAAGGUCUCUGUAAAGCUUGUGGCUGAAGCAGGUAUUGGAACAGUUGCUUCUGGGGUUUCAAAGGGUAAUGCUGAUAUUAUACAGAUAUCAGGACAUGAUGGUGGAACUGGAGCCAGCCCUAUAAGUUCGAUAAAACAUGCUGGUGGUCCUUGGGAACUUGGACUUACAGAAACACACCAGACUCUCAUUGAAAAUGGACUCAGAGAACGGGUCAUUCUCAGAGUUGAUGGUGGCUUCAAAAGUGGAGUUGAUGUCUUAAUGGCUGCAGCAAUGGGUGCUGAUGAAUAUGGGUUUGGUUCUGUGGCAAUGAUUGCUACUGGAUGCGUUAUGGCUCGCAUUUGCCACACUAACAAUUGCCCUGUUGGUGUUGCCAGUCAAAGAGAAGAACUGCGAGCACGAUUUCCUGGUGUGCCUGGUGAUCUUGUGAAUUUUUUUCUAUAUGUAGCUGAGGAGGUUAGAGGCAUGUUAGCACAAAUGGGUUACGAGAAGUUAGACGAUAUAAUUGGAAGAACUGAUUUAUUGAGACCACGAGAUAUCUCGCUAGUGAAAACUCAGCAUCUUGAUCUCAAUUUUAUUCUCUCUAAUGCUGGUUUGCCAAAGUGGAGCAGUACAGAAAUCAGGAAUCAGGAUGUUCAUUCAAAUGGCCCUGUUUUGGAUGAUGUUUUGCUUGCAGAUCCAGAGAUAUUCGAUGCGAUAGAGAAUGAGAAAGUGGUCAAGAAAACAAUUAAGAUAUACAAUGUUGAUCGUGCUGUUUGUGGGCGUAUAGCAGGAGUGGUUGCAAAGAAAUAUGGUGAUACUGGUUUUGCAGGGCAACUAAAUAUAACUUUUACUGGGAGUGCUGGGCAGUCAUUUGCUUGCUUUUUAACACCUGGGAUGAACAUUCAGCUUAUUGGAGAGGCUAAUGAUUAUGUGGGAAAGGGUAUGGCUGGAGGUGAGUUGGUGGUGGCUCCUGUUCAGAGCACUGGGUUUUGCCCAGAGGAUGCAACCAUAGUAGGGAAUACUUGUCUGUAUGGAGCAACAGGUGGUCAAAUCUUUGUUAGAGGGAAAGCUGGAGAGCGGUUUGCUGUCAGAAACUCACUUGCUGAAGCCGUUGUUGAAGGCACUGGUGAUCAUUGUUGUGAAUACAUGACUGGUGGAUGUGUGGUUGUACUUGGAAAAGUGGGUAGAAACGUUGCUGCUGGUAUGACUGGAGGUUUGGCAUACAUUCUUGAUGAGGACGACACUCUCAUUCCCAAGGUCAACAAGGAGAUAGUGAAGAUCCAAAGAGUGACUGCCCCAGUUGGACAGAUGCAGUUAAAGAGCCUUAUUGAAGCCCACGUUGAAAAAACUGGCAGCAGUAAAGGUCAGACAAUUCUAAAGGAGUGGGAGACAUACCUCCCACUCUUCUGGCAGUUGGUUCCACCUAGCGAAGAAGACACCCCAGAGGCUUGUGCUGAGUAUGUGAGAACAGCUACUGGGGAGGUAACGUUGCAGUCUGCGUAGGGCAACUCAAGAGUAACAAGGAAAGUCGAAAGUCAAACCCACCUUUGUACAGGUCAAACAUAGAGAGUUGGGUUUUAAUAAGCUACAUUAAAGAGGAGGAUUUCAAACUUGUAUCAUACAAGGCAAGUAAUGUUUGUUGCUUAGUUGCCUUGUUUUGGAGAACCCUCAAUUGUCAAUCAAUAAGCAUUCAUCUUAGUAAGUGCUACAGUGUAUUUGUACAGUGAAUUGUCACCGGAACUGUAAAUUAAAGUUUAGGUUUUUGCCAUCCUGUCAGGGCUUAUAUGUUUACUAACAGUUAUACACCGUCAUGGCUAGCUAUUGCUGGUCAUUUUCGUUUUAUCUGUUUAAUUGAUUCUGAUAAAAUGAAUUUCCACUUGUUCAUAGUCA